AUGACCGACGAAAGGGAAACGGAAGAGAUUGGCAAGGAGAUCGAGGCUACGGAUACGGAAAGGGGAUUCGGAAACGGACCCUUAAAGGACCCCGGAUUCGGAAAUAAGCUUCUUAAGGACCUUGGAAAAGGACGGACCACCGGUAACUAUAUCGGUAACCUUUUACCGAUCAGACUAUUGGCUAAGCAUAACACGCUUGCGUACGGCACUCUAGGCGCUUUUGACGAUAAUAGUGACGAUUUCCUUAAGCUAAGAGCAACUGACCUUCACUUAAGAGCAAAGGAGUUGGCUUUGUUUAUAAGAAGCUUUCUUAAGGAACUGAAGCUUCCGACGUUUAAAGCAAACGCUAUUGCUGUAAAAGACUACUUCGAGACUGACCACCGGCGCGAGUGCUUUAAGAAGCUCGUUAAAGAGCUUAAAAGCAUUCAAAGCUUUUUACGACCAGGUUUAAAAGACGAUCGAAGUCUUGUUAACAAGUUGUAUUCAGCUUGUAAAAACGUGCUAAAGACUACGAUUGCACGAAUGAACUUUGCGUUUACCUUUACCGCCGCAGUUGCCGAUAUCCGCCGAGCAAUUGCAUUUGCAAUUAAGACCUCUCGACUCGUUAAGGCGAGUAGAGCUUACGCGAGCUCUAGCGAGCUACACGAUCACACUUGCUCUUACAACACUUUAGAGGCUGAUUCCGAUUUAAACGAAGAAUACGAAUGCUUUAUUUAA